GCCAUGGUUACCGCCACUCAGAGUUGACUGAACUAACGCCUGGGGUUAGAGUACCGGUUGAGUUUGCCAUCUCUUGUAGUCACGACUGAUUUGUUUGGUGCUUGUUUGUUUGUUAAACUCACUUUGCGGAGCAGAAACCCUGAUAUUCAGGAUCGGCGGGCUUACCAGCUAGCGGUAACUACAUUAGCCAAUCAGAAGCGAGACGGACAAACAUUUAAAUAAAAGUUCGUCAACGCGAAAGCGAGCGUCACAGAGAGUAGACGAGAGUCGUGUUGUUGUCUGAUAGUAACAUUAUUCGUAAGAGGGUUCAGUUCUUCUCCGGGAUGUAUUAUUAGAGCACUGGUUACGCUUGAAUGGCUUAAAACAAUCCUUGCUAUUCAUAGCUUAACUCUGGAGAGUUUGUUCUUCCUUGACGAGUGAACGCUGCUGGAUUUAAAGCCGAAAAACAAGUAACGCUAGAAAUGCAUUUUCUUGGCAUUCUUGUGCUAAUGUUUUGUGACCUGUCACUGAGUUUCCCUCUUCCCGUAGAUACGAUCAUAGUUCAGGUCCAGCAGUGGGGAGUGGUGGGUACUCAGCGGGUUGUGGACCAGGUCCUUCUCAAUGGAGUUGCUCUUACUGGCACAAGCCAGGAAGUUGACCACAUCAUCAAAAACAUGUCAGCUGAUGCACUCCCUCCAGCGCUUAUUACUGUCAACCAGGCUUCAGUACUGAGUAAGAAAAUCAUCAUGUACUGUCAAAUGUUAUGUUUGUUAACAGCUUCCCUAGGAAACCACACUGUCCUUCGUUCUCGUGAAUGCAUACUGGAGGGGUCUCAGCUGCACUGGAACGACCGUGUGUUCUAUGAUGGGAAGGUCUAUCUGACUCUGGACCACACUGACGUGUGGACAGCCCACGUACCGCAAGCACUGGCCCUCAAAGUGCUGUGGGGCCAGGAAGUGCAGCGCACAAGGACGGACAGAAUCCGCCUUCAGGAGGAAUGCAUCAAACUAAUGAGAGAGCUGAGGCUUUCUGAAGAGCAGUCAGGGACUUCAUUUCUUCAGUUCAUGAUCCCAGUCUUGGCACUCCUGGCGUUUACCGGACUAAUCAUAAUCAGCCUCCUCCUCUCCAAACACCAGGGUCUGAGGCACCCUGGAGGUGUUGUUGGCUCGAUUGUACACUAUCCUAAGAAUAUGACUGAAAUGGCUCCAGAGAUAAAAGGCUGUGGUUACCAUACCUUGUAAUUCAAACUCCAGCUGAUUAAUAGGCUCACAUUUGAGCUUCCUACUCCAUUCCUACUAUUGAGUGUCCACUUACUGUACUGAUUUAAGACUUUUCCUUCUGUGUUGCUCCAUGAAUGUAACCAGACCUUUACUACAGUACCAACAGUCGACUGUAUGAAACACAUUAUUUUAUGCACUUUAAUGCAUGAAUCACACUUCACGCUUUUUUUGCAUAUACUUUUAAUACUUGUGCAUACAUAUGUACACAAACACACACACACACACACGCACACACACACACAUAUAUAUAUAUAUAUAUAUGUAUAUGUACAAGUGCAAAGAAAUGUAAAUAUGUUCACUGCCUGCAGAAAUGUAUAAGCUUCUUUUUGCACAGUUGAUAACUGUAAGGGCAGAUGUUUUCACUGGUCAUACUUUCUGGAUUAAGCUAUUCAAGUAAAUUUCAUUGUGUAAAUAUAUAUAUAUAUACACAAUGAAAAUGUUAUGUUUCAAGCAUACACAGUAUCUAAUGCAAGUUAAGACAGUAUAGGCAGUAUAGACAGUGUAGGCUUUAUCUACAGUCUGUAGAUAGUCUGUUGUUCAGUCUGCUGAAAUCUAGUGUUUUGUUUUGCCACUGAUAGACCAAUCACAGUGAAACCCUGCCAAACACUGGAUGGACUAAGUGUGUCCAGUUAUCCAAAGAGUCGGACUGUGCUGUGUUGUUGUUUGUUGGUUUGAGAUACCUUCAUUAUGAUUAAAUAUUUUCAUGUUUAAAUAUUUCUUUGUGGUCAAUGUUAAGCCUAUUAUUUUUUCAUGUAAAUCAAUUAAAGAUCCUUUUAUGGCA